CGGGUUGGCAACAAGACACGUCGCUCGGAUAGCUUGUAGUCCUGUACAAACAGAGUCUUUCGGUGCUUCAUAUGCCGUCAUGUCUCUGUGGCGCAUCACUCCUUGGAGAAUAAGAGAGUUGGAACAAAACCUCCGCUUUCGAAGCUGACAUAGCGCGGUUCCGAUUUUUGUGAUUAGUCAUCCGUCAUUGACAUCACGAAUUUGCAAAUCACAAAUCAAAAACUUAUUGUUCGGGUUUCUGCUGCACACCUUUGACAAUACAGAUUCCGCAAAAUGUCUAUUCGCAAGCGCAAUGAUUUUCUCGACGACGGAGAUAGCGAAGAUGACGCGCAGCUUGAUCACGAGUCCGGGCGGGAGGAGGAGAGCAAAGUCGGCCUCGCCAGCCGGUCGAACAAGCGUCGCAAAGUCAAUUCGGAUUCAGAGGCCUCGGACGAUGAUACAAUAGACGACAAACCAGGCGCUCGAGACUCUCGCUUCCAGUUCAAGCAUCAUGACGACGGCGACGAUUUUACCAUCCUUGACGGAAAAGAUGUGGACGAGAACGAGGAAGGCGAAUUCCUAGAAGAAGGCGAUGACGAGGACGGGGACGGGGACGGUACAUCUUCAGGAAAGACUCCCGAGGAACUUGCAAAAUCAAAAAAGAAAAUGGAAAAGCAACUCCUCGUCGCCCAGCGUGCCGCGCGCAAAUCUGGCGUGAUCUAUAUUUCCCGAGUACCGCCGUUCAUGAAACCACACACACUCAAACACUUCCUCUCACCGCAUGCGCCUUCCGGCCUGGGGCGAAUUUUCCUGACACCUGAAGAUCACGUUGCGCAUACAAGGCGUGUCAAGUCAGGCGGCAAUAAAAAGAAAUCAUUCACAGACGGAUGGGUGGAGUUUGUUUCAAAGCGGGAGGCGCGCAUUGCGGCGAAGUCGCUGAAUGGGAAUAUUAUCGGUGGGAAGAAAGGCGGAUUCUACCACGACGAUUUAUGGAAUAUCAAAUAUCUAAAGGGAGGAUUCAAGUGGUCGCAUUUGACGGAGCAGAUUGCGAAUGAGAAUGCGGAGCGAGCGGCGAGAUUGCGCGAGGGUAUUCGCAGGACGAGGGAGGAGAACAAGGCAUUCGUGGAGGGCUUCGAGAGAGGAAAGAUGGAAGAGGGCAGGGAGAGAAAGAGGGCCGAGAAGGAGAAAGGGAAGAAGGAAGCUGGGGCGACGGACGGUGGGCACAGUGCGAGUAUUGCGCAGCGGAAGGUCAAACACAAGGAGGGAAUGGAUUUUAAGCAGCAAAGCGCUCGUUCGAAAUCGGUCGGGAAGCCAGACGAGGGCUCGGGGAGGACACUUCGGAUGGUAUUUGGGUAGGAAGAAUUCUUGUACCAUGAAUCACAACCUUUUUUGAAUCGCCAACUUGUUAUUUCGGAGAUACGCUAUUGCCCA